UUGUAUGUUAUCUAGAAUCAUAAUUGAUAAAGUGGAUGUUGAAGAUGAGAAGCUAAAUGUUGGUGCUCCCAARACAAAGGAUGAAAUCCUGCUAAAUGAACUUCCUCCAGAACCAUUAGUAGAGCUUGUGCUUACAGAUGAUGUGAGUCUGGUGAACAUUGGUGCCAUAACAAGUAUUGUAGAAUCCAUAGUUAUCAUCAGAGCUUUGCCAAAAACACCUGCUGUUGAUGCUGACACCCUCCUCUUCCUGGAAAACAGAAAAUGUCUKGGAAAAGUGUUUGAAACAUUUGGUCCAGUUCAAAGUCCAUUUUAUUCUGUGAGGUUUGACUCGCCUGAGAGCAUCACAAAAGCAGAUAUCAAGACUGGCAUGAUGGUGUUCUUUGCGCCUGAUGAUUURGAYAUGACAAAACUUAUCUUCACUUCCCAAAUAGAAAAAUUAAAAGGAUCAGAUGCCUCAUGGAAACAUGACCAAGAGCCACCAGUUGAGUUGAUUGAGUACUCUGAUGAUGAAGAGGAAGCAGUUGCUAAAGCUAAAAAGAAGCAGGCAAGGAAGGCAAAUAAACAGGGGCAGAAUGGAGACCAACCUGCUGCUUUUUGCCAACAGACGGACAAUGCACAACAACAAAGAGAAUUUCAGCGAAGUUAUAAAGGAAGAGGACGGGGUAGAAAUGCCAGCAGAAACCAAGUCAGACCCCCACCUCUAGGAAUAUCACUACCCCCUCACCCAAGGCUUACYCUACCCCCUUGCUUUGGAGAAACCCUACCAGAGGCAAAUCUCAACCACCCAAUGAUGUCACCACCAAACUCACUUCCAUCUGGAAUAAAUUUCCCACCCCCUCCCCCAAGGGGGGCACCAUCUCCAGUGUUACCAAGACCCUUCCCUCCCCCGAAUAUGCCACCUCCUCAUCCUGKGCAGUUUCUCCCACCCCCAUUCCAGUCACCACCACCACCAUAUAACCCCUAUAGACAUCCCCCUCCUCCUCCUGCAAUGCCUCCUGGUCCUGGUGUACCUCCUCCUUGGCCACCUUUCAACUUUGGUCCCCCAAGAUGAUAGACGAUUGAUACACAAGUAUUUUAGGAAACUUCAAUAAUAAUGUAGCUAGUCAUGAAAAAUAAUAUCCUAGAGAACUCAAGCGUAAUCUUCUGUCGUUUCUUCCUCACUGCCAGAAACGUGAGGAACAAAGAACGCAAGAUAACGUCUGCGUUCCAAAGUAUAUAUUGAAGAAUUCUCAGACUGUGUUGAAACCAAGUUUAAUUUUCACGUUUGAAAUAAAAUGUUUAUCAUUUGUUAUGUA